AUGUCUCAGUUUUCGUUAGCAGAUAUUUUAGCAGCCAAGAAGCGUAUUGCUGGAACGAUUCACCGAACACCUGUCUUAACUUCGUCAACUAUUAACCAUUUAUGCAAUAAGGAAGUUUAUUUUAAAUGUGAACAUCUACAGAAAACCGGUUCUUUUAAAAGUCGUGGUGCACUAAAUGCGCAUUUUCGUAGCGGUAAUUUUGGCCAAGCUCUGGCAUGGGCUGCUCAGUUAUUCUCUAUUGACUGUACAGUGGUUGCACCUGAUAAUGCGCCUUAUUCAAAAAUAGAUGCAAUGGAAGGUUAUGGUGCGGAAAUUGUUAAAUGUCCAGCUCAUGAAAGAGAUGCUUUGUCAAAAAAACUACAAAAGGAGAACAACUGGGAACUAAUCGAACCAUUUGACGAUUAUCGAGUGAUGGCCGGUCAAGGCACUGUUGGAGUUGAACUUGUGGAACAAGUUCCUGAUCUUGAUGCAAUAUUAGUUCCAGUUGGUGGUGGAGGAUUAUGUUCUGGUAUUAGCACUGCAAUCGCCACCUUAAAGCCAAACAUUAAAGUGUUUUGCGUGGAACCUGAAGGAAAAGAACUGGAAAAAUCAUUUAUAGCAAAAACUCGAUUAUGGGAUGUAAACGCAUUUCCAGUAGAUACAAUCGCUGAUGGAGUUCGAGUUAUUGCAGUAGGAGAAAGAAAUUUUCCUCAACUGUUAUCUUACUGUGAACAUUCUGUUCUCACUGUGAAUGAUAACGAUAUCACUAAUGCAAUGAAAUUAAUCUAUAGCCGUUUAAAGCAAGCAGUCGAGCCAACGGGUGCAAUGUGUUUCGCCGCUCUCCUUAAAUAUCCAAUAUUAUUGUCGAGUUACAAAAAAGUUGGAUUAAUUUUAAGCGGCGGAAAUUUCGACUGGAAAAUUUUACAAUUUUAG